GAAAAUGACCAGAGGAAAAAGGAAGUGACAUCAACAUUAAGACACUGCACAGAGAAAAUCAUUUCAUAAAGAUGAAUGAAACCCCCAUUCAGCACUACAAUUGAGAAAAAAACACGUGUUCAAAACCAUAAACCUUCAUAUUUUUUGCAUUGUUGGACAAGCUGAAACCUUUCAAACUGGCGAGUCCGGGGGAUGUAUACAGCAUGAUGCAGGAUCCUUAUUCCAUGAUGCACAGAGAUGACCGCUUCUACAAGUAUGGCGGUCACUCUCGCCAAAUGACCACAUCAACGACGGUCCAGGGGCAUUCCUCCUCCUAUUACAGUAUGAGCAUGCCCUAUCAGGAGCCAUCUCACACACUCACACAGAGUGACCUUGCCGUGAUGUCAUCUCAGGGUCAUUCCUCCACCCCAUCAGAUUUCUCUGCACCAAGGGUCCCGGUCCCAACAGGAGGAAAUGGUCAUUCUCCCCCCUCACUCAUGCCUGGACCCUCCACUGCAGGGCCUUCUACCUCCCAUCAAUCUUCUAGUGCCAUGCUUCCAAUAAUGGAUCUGAAUUCUCCCAUGCCCACCGGUGAACCUAUUCCAAAUGUUGGCAGUCAUGAGACACCGUCACAAGAUCUUGAGUCCUCACAUCUUUCAUCUCCCUCUAGUACAUCCAGUGGUCCCUCAACGCCACUUGAUCUGGCCAACCAGGGACAGGGUGACAACAAGAUCCCUCCCAAAAAACGACCACACCUGACCCCCGAGAACCAGAAAGAUGAAAUGUACUGGGAGAAACGACAAAAAAAUAAUGAAUCUGCCAAACGUUCACGAGAAGCCAGACGAAUGAAAGAGGAACAGAUAGCACUUCGUGUUGUGUUUCUAGAACAGGAAAAUCUUCAGCUUCGUACAGAGGUGUCUCUUCUAAAGAGCGAGAUAGAAAAACUAAGGUGUAUGUUGUACAACCCUUGAAAAAACAACUUAGCACUCACACAUUUUACAAUAAUUUUGAAUAUCCGGUGUUCAACUUCUCUUUUUGACAAGGGAAAAAAUCUGUUUCUAGCAAUUGUGCAGUUAAUUGUGUUCAAAGAUAUAUCGUUACUUGUAAACUGUCUCGGUUUGACUUCUGGGAUACUUACUCAGGGACUUUUGGGAAGACUCAGGAAGUUUUAUACAGAAGUUGUUGGAAUGAAACGGGUCCAUUAAGUGAAAUGCGCAAAAACACAGAAGAUUGUUUUUAUGUUCUUGUGCAUUUUUUUUUAUAAUGCCAAGAAAAGAACUUUUUGUACAAUUUGCCAACAUUUUAUGUAUUUUGUGUGUAAUAUGUUCCACUUAAUGAGGAAAUGGGGUGUUUUAUAUGAUCAUAGGAUCUUUUUUAAAAAACCUUUGUCACUCUGUCAGUUGCUAUAGCGAAAAUAUUUUAUUAAUAUCAUUUUUGUUGCCAUUUUAAAAACCUAAACCUUGUUUAUAAAAAUACAUCACAUUCCCAACAUUUUGUGUUGUGUCUACUUUCAAUUUAAUUUCCAAAUAAGUUUCAAUUUCUCAGAAUUCCAGUGUUGCGUUUAUGUCUCUGUUACAUAUAUUUUUUGGUGGUGUUCAGAAUCUUCUUUGGGAUGCUUCUUCAAAAUAUGACCAAUUUCUUGUAUAUUGUUCUUUAAAUGCAGAACUAUUUCAAAACAUUCAGUGAAUGGUCUUAGUCUAUGAAAUUUU